UUUCUGCUUCUCAAAUCCACCUGUUGCAUUAGAGAUGGACCAGAGCAGGUUGUCUAGCAGAGUGGACAUGGAGCGUGUAGAGAGAAGACUGCCUGCAGUGCUCCUCCUUCUUCUGUCUCUCCUUUCUGUCAGCUGUGUCCCCAAUCCCAAAACAACAGUGUCCUGGUGUGUGGUGUCAGACGGUGAGGAGCAGAAAUGUUUGGAUCUGGCUGGGAAUGCCACAGCUCGGAAUAUAAAAGGAACACUGCAAUGUGUCCGCGGUUUGAACACCAGGGACUGUAUGGACAAAAUUAAGAAUGGGACAGCAGAUGCAGCCUCCAUGUUUGCAGAUGACAUCUACGCUGCUGGUUUGUGCUACGGCCUGGAGCUGGCUGCAGGAGAGUCCCACAACGGCAUGGAUGGCAUCAGCUACUAUGUGGUGGCGAUGGCACGUCGGUCCUCCUCAGAUCUGUCCCUGCUGGAGAUGCAUGAGCGUAGUUCCUGCCACCCCGGGAUACGCACCACAGUGGGCUGGACUGUUCCCAUUGGCUACCUGGUCAACACCUCCCAGAUCAGUGUGGGAGAGCUGUGCAACUUCCCCAGAGUGGUUGGCAAUUUCUUCGGUUACAGCUGCGUGCCGGGGGUCAAAGACCCCCAGCAUGACCCCAGAGGCAACAACCCCAAGAACCUGUGCGAGGCCUGCAUAGGAGAUGACAACGACAGACACAUCUGUGCCAACAACCACAGGGAGCGGCACUAUGGCGAGGCCGGGGCCCUGAGGUGCGUAGCAGAGAACCUCGGUGACGUGGCCUUCGUCAAACACACGACAGUUUUUGACAAUGCGGAUGGUAAGAACCAGGAAUCUUGGGCCCUGGAUAUGGAGCUGGAGGACUUAAAGCUUUUGUGUCCGGAUGGAACUGAGGCUGGACUACACGAGUACGUGCGGUGCCACUUGGCAGCCGUGCCCACUAACGCUGUGGUGGUACGCAUGGAGGACAAGUGUCGCGUCUGGAAGUACUUAGAUCGCUUACAGAACGCGUUUGGCAAUGCUACAGAGGGUUUCCGCCUGUUCAGCUCAGUGCGCUACAGCGAAGCCGAUCUGCUCUUCAGUGAUUCCACCCACCACCUGCAGAGGGUUCUGGGUAGCUACACUUCUUGGCUGGGGCCCACAUACACCACCAUGCUGCAAGCCUUCGAGUGUGAAGGCUUCUGCUGAUGGAGCACGAGGAAGACAUCCAAUGCAUCACCUUCCACCUCACCCGUCAGUCUCCGCCCUCAUGGCCCGCCAUCUUUCCCAGCCAUCUGUGUCACUCCGCCUGCUUGGAUUUUUGUGCUUGUUUUCUCUUCCAUUGUGCCCUCCUCAGACUGGGGUCUUCUUCUGGCGUGCCAUAUGGUAAACACUGGACAGAAAGGGUAGGAAAUAGAAUGUGAAAGAAGUAAAAGCUUAAUGAGGUUAUUAAUAGACGUUGUGUCCUUAUAAACAACGAUUUUGUAGGAAAUAAACAUUAAAAUAUGCACAAAUCUUUAUCAUGUACUGAGCAAAACUACACAGCA